AUGGCGUCCAUUGCCACGUCAGCAGAGCGAGCUGUAGUUCUCCAGUCGCAUCGCCUUCGAUCCGCGGUUGCUGCUGAGUCCCUUGCCAGCAGCUCCUCGCAUGCAUUUUCCCCGCUAAAAGUAACCCCUCUGCGCGCUGCUCGCACCGGAUCGUCGUUUACGAGGUCCAAUGUCGCCACCGUGCGCGCCUCCUCCGACUCAGAGUAUCGCACGGGCGUGAAGCGCAACCACAACAUCGGCAAGCUACAGGCCGGCUACCUCUUCCCCGAGAUCGCGCGGCGGCGGCGCGCGCACCUGGAAAAGCACCCCGACGCGAAGAUCAUCAGCCUGGGCAUCGGCGACACCACGGAGCCCAUCCCUGACGUCAUCACCGCCGCCAUGGCCAAGAGGGCGCAAGGGCUGUCAACGCCAGCGGGUUACUCCGGCUAUGGCGCCGAGCAGGGCGAGCAGGCUCUGCGCGCAGCCAUCUGUGCGACGUGGUACAGCAAGCUGGGCAUCACGGAGGACGAGGUGUUCGUGUCUGAUGGCGCCAAGUGCGACAUUGCACGCCUGCAGAUGAUGUUUGGCGCUGACGUCACCAUGGCCUGCCAAGACCCCUCCUAUCCGGCAUACGUGGACACGAGUGUGAUGAUGGGGCAGACGGGGCUGUACGUGCCAGAGACGCAGCAGUUUGGCAACGUCACCUACCUGCGCUGCACGCCUGAGAACGACUUCUUCCCGGACCUCGCCUCUGCGCCGCGCACCGACAUCAUCUUCUUCUGCUCGCCCAACAACCCCACCGGCCGGGCGGCAUCACGGCAGCAGCUGCAGCAGCUGGUGGACUUCGCACGCACCAACGGGUCCAUCAUUGUUUACGACUGUGCAUAUGCCAUCUACAUUGAGGAUGACUCGCCCAAGUCCAUCUAUGAGAUUCCUGGCGCCGAUGAGGUGGCCAUUGAAACAGGUUCUUUCUCCAAGUACGCUGGCUUCACAGGUGUGCGUCUUGGCUGGUGGCCAUUGAAACAGGCUCGUUCUCCAAGUAUGCUGGCUUCACCGGGGUUCGUCUCGGCUGGUCCGUGGUCCCAGCAGCGCUGCGCUACACAGACGGCCAUCCAGUGCGCGCGGACAUUAACCCUCCCUCUCUUUUCCCUUCAACCCCCCCUCCUCUCCCCACAGGUGGCCAUUGAAACGGGUUCUUUCUCCAAGUACGCUGGCUUCACCGGUGUGCGUCUCGGCUGGUCCGUCGUGCCAGCAGCGCUGCGCUACGCCGACGGCCAUCCAGUGCGCGCGGAUUUCAACCGCGUCACCUGCACGUGCUUCAACGGCGCCAGCAACGUCUCGCAGGCCGGAGGGCUCGCAUGCCUCUCCCCCGAGGGCCUCGAGGCCAUGGCAUCGCUGGUAUCCUUUUACAAGGAAAACGCAGCCAUCCUCAAGUCCACCUUCCAGUCGCUGGGCUUUGAAACGCAUGGCGGGGACAACGCGCCGUAUGUGUGGGUGCGCUUCCCUGGCCGCUCCUCGUGGGAUGUGUUUGCUGAGAUUCUGGAGAAGGCUGAUAUUGUCACCACGCCUGGGAGCGGGUUCGGGCCCGGUGGGGAGGGGUUUGUGCGUGCCAGUGCGUUUGGGAACCGUGCGAACAUUGAGGAAGCGGCGAGGCGGAUCACGAAGCUGUACUCGUCAUGA